CCUCCAUUUCCGCGAUACACUCUAACACUGCGCGCUGACAACCAAGUCACUGGAGCCGUCUUUGCUCGCUUUGCUGCUCGCUCGCUGCCGGCCAGUCAGUCAGUAGACGGACGCGGCGGCUGGAGCGGAGCGGAUCGGAUCGGAGAGGAGAGGAGAGGAGAGGAGAGGAUCUCAUUUCGCCUCGCAGGCAGCAGGCAGUGAUUUGGCGGGAGCCCCGGCUUCUUGCUGCCGCCCCGGGUGUAGGCGCAGACGGCGGCGCAACCCCACUGUAUCCCCCAGACCCGCUACUCGCUGCUCCAGCCGCCGCCACUUGCCGCAAGGAGGGAGCAACGCCCGAGCAGUUCUGCAAUGCGGUGGGUGUGGUGUGGAAUAAAUGACAGUUGUGGACCGCUGCAGUGACAGCACUCCCCAGACUGCAUCGUGACUGAGGAAAAACUACCGCUUUCGUUCACUUUACUCUCGCACCCGACUGGGGGAAAGCUGCCAUCUCCUCCUCGCUGGAAUAAUUCACAACCAUGACAACGGAACCGGGUUCAGAUUCUGAAUCUAAGCAGGACCAAGAACAGAAGGAAGCAGCUGAAAAGAAAGAGGCAGCAACUGCAACUGAACAAGAGGAGAGUGCUGAGCAUCAGCAGGCAGACGGGGUAGACGGGAUCCCAGCAGCAAUUGGUACCUCCGAGAGGAAGAAGCUGAUUGGUGAAUGUGAAAAAGAGGCGGACGGAGCUUCCGGCAAACUUACUGUGAGUCAGCAGGAAGACCACCAGGCUGAGGACGACAAACUCUCCCAAAAAUCCUCUUCAAGCAAGUUAUCCAAAUCUCCUCUGAAAGGAGUAAAAAGGCCAAAGAACAUGCUGUGCAAAGUGACCCUUCUGGAUGGCUCUGAACAUACCUGCGAGGUUGAGAAACGAGCCAAGGGACAGGUUCUCUUUGAUAAAGUAUGUGGGCAGCUCAACCUUCUGGAGAAAGAUUACUUCGGUCUGUCAUUUCGGGACUCUGAAAAUCAAAAGAACUGGUUGGACCCGGCCAAGGAAAUUAAAAAGCAGAUCCGAAGUGGUUUGUGGCAGUUUGCAUUCAAUGUGAAGUUCUAUCCUCCGGAUCCCGCUCAGCUCUCUGAGGACAUCACAAGGUACUACCUGUGUCUGCAACUGAGGGAUGACAUUAUCUCUGGGCGAUUGCCGUGUUCUUUUGCUACACACGUCUUGCUUGGUUCCUACACAGUCCAGGCGGAACUUGGAGACUAUGAUCCAGAUGAGUACGGCACUGAGUACAUCAGUGAGUUUCGCUUUGCUCCGAAUGAAACAAAGGAACUGGAAGAAAAAGUGAUAGAACUACACAAAAGCCACAGGGGCAUGUCACCUGCUGAAGCAGAGAUGCAUUUUUUGGAAAAUGUCAAAAAGCUAUCUAUGUAUGGAGUGGAUCUACAUCAUGCCAAGGAUUCAGAAGGCGUUGAUAUUAUGCUUGGUGUGUGUGCCAGUGGGUUACUGAUCUACCGAGACCGCUUGAGAAUAAACAGAUUUGCUUGGCCCAAGGUUCUCAAGAUCUCGUACAAAAGGAACAACUUUUAUAUCAAAAUCCGGCCCAGUGAACAUGAACAGUUUGAAAGUACCAUUGGAUUUAAACUUCCAAACCAUAAAGCAGCAAAAAGGUUGUGGAAAGUGUGUAUUGAGCAUCACACAUUCUUUCGAUUAGUUUCACCUGAGCCGCCUCCAAAAAAAUUCCUUACUCUAGGAUCAAAAUUCCGCUACAGUGGAAGAACACAAGCCCAGACUCGGAGAGCCAGUUCCCUUAUAGAUCGCCCAGCACCAUACUUUGAACGUUCUUCCAGCAAACGUUACACCAUGUCACGCAGCUUAGAUGGAGCCUCGGUCACCGAAAAUCAUGAGAUGCUUAUAAAAGACUCCAUUUCGGCCUCAGAAGUGGCUACUGGCCAUUAUGGUGCAGCCAAGAGCCUAGUGUCAACCAAUUUAAUAACCACAGUGACACCAGAGAAGAAGGCAGAAGAGGAGAAGGCAGAGGAAGAGGAUAAGAAAGCAAAGACUGUCAUCACUCCAUUACUCACACCAGCCAAGCAUGAAAUUAAGACUACCUAUGAUGAAACAAAUUCAUUUUCCUCAUGCUCUUAUCCUUUGCCUUUGCACUGUGACUCCCCUGCAUCAUCAAUGAACAUUCAUAGGAGAUGUAAUGAGAAUGUUUCAAUAUCAGCUGAUGAUGGGAAGAACGAAGACUCCCUAAGUACUUGCCAAUCACAGUUUGACCAUGAUCCUUCAAAGUCAAUUGAUAAGAAAGCAAUGGGUCUAAAAAGAGACCAGGAUCUGGCAUCUAGAAAAGAAGGAACCUUGUUUUCAUUCUCCAUGCAUCUCCCAGCAACAUUUUCUUUGUUAGAUGAUGAUGGCUACAUAUCCUUCCCAAGCUUCUCUGAGGCCAAUUUCUUACCUGAAAGUUUUCAGUGUUUCCUCCCCAUUCAAUCACCAUCACUUGUCCCCUGCUUCCUUUUCAUUUUCUUCUUCCUGCUUUCAACCUCUUUCUCUGUACCGUAUGCUCUCACUCUCUCAUUCCCCCUUGCUUUGUGUCUCUGCUAUCUGGAGCCCAGGGCAGCCUCCUUGAGUGCCUCUGUUGACAAUGACCUGAGUGACAGUUCAGAGGAUGAGACUGACAGUGAGCAGACUGACACUACUGGUCCUGCUGAUGGGGAAACCACCGCAGAGUCUGAUCAAGAGGAUGAAAUGGAAUCCAAGACCCAGGAAUAUGACAGAACUCAAGAAGAGGUAGUUAAGCACCAUGCCAACAUAAAUGAGAUGAAAAGAACAUUUCUGGAAUCAACCUCAGAAACUGGACCUGAUGAAUGGGAAAAGAGGUUAUCUGCCUCCCCAGUUAGAUCCUUUUCAAAGACUGAUGAUUUACCUAUGAUUGAACCCCUUGUGCCUGAAGAGACCAAAGCAGAUGUUGAUGAGAUACAGCAAAGCAAGUCGGAUAAACAGACUGUUACCACAUCUGACACUGUGAUGAAAGAUGAUGGAAAAUUAGCAAAGGCUGAAGAGGAGCGUAAGGAAGUAGAUAAGGAGCCAACUACUAGUCACAGCACAUUGGUGACAAAUGAAAUUGUGAUCAGCAAAACAGCCUCAUCUCUCCAAGAGAAAACUGUGCUGUCCACUCUGGAAGAAACUAUCAUUUCAAAGAAGGGGGCAACAAAAAGAGAUGAUGAUGAAGGUAGUCUGAAACCUAAAGAGAUUCCAAGACAGAAAGGAAUUGAAAUCUCUGAUAUGGAGCCUGCCAUUGAGACUUCAAUUACCAAAUGGAAGACUGGUGAAGAGCCUAUGUUUACUAUUGCCACAGCACACUAUUUUACUGAGACAUCGGGAUCAAGAUUUUUGACAAAGCAGUCUGGUUCUGAAGUAACCGCAAAAAAUGUAGACGUCUCCAAUCUAAUAGAUUCGGCACGAAAACAAAUGGAUGGAAAGGAAUGGGCUGCUGCUUCAUCUUACAGCUGGGUUCAGAAACCUGAUCUGAAUUUGGACGAGAGUCCCAAAAUGGUGCAACAUGAAGUCCACAAGCAGGAGAAGAGCAUGAAGAUAAUUCAGGAAACAAUGGUGAUGGAAACGAAGCAUGGGAUGAAUGUGCAUGCAAGCGAGGAUGCUUCUGCUCUGUGCGCUAAGCUGGCAGGAGAUGGGAGGGAAACUUUAACAGAGGCGAGCAAAGCUCACUCAUCUGGUGAUGCAAGGGGUCUAAGUUGCAUGGCGACCGUGGAGAUCAAAGAGGACAAUGAGGCAGCGAGUGCCAAGGAGGAUCAACCAGGAGAUGAAAUUGUAGAAGGGCCACCUGCUGCUCAAGGGUGGGUGGAUCAGCCUGAAAUGGCAGGCAAACCUGCAGAAAAAUCUGAAACGCAACCUCAGUUUGAGCCUCCUGUUGUUAAAACGGAAUCAGUUAGCUUUGACAGCAUGAGUAAAGAGGACGGAAAAGAAGUUUGCACCAAGGAUGUACCGGUGGUUCACACUGAGACUAAAACAAUCACCUAUGAAUCAGCAAAGUUGGACGCAAAUGCUGAAAGUGACCCAGGUGUUCUAAUGAGUGCUCAGACGAUCACCUCAGAAACUUCAAGUACCACAACCACUACACACAUCACCAAGACUGUGAAAGGAGGUGUUUCUGAAACGCGCAUUGAGAAGCGAAUUGUUAUUACUGGAGAUGCUGACAUUGACCAUGAUCAGGCCCUGGCUCAGGCAAUUAAAGAAGCCAAAGAGCAACACCCUGAUAUGUCUGUGACCAAAGUAGUGGUACACAAAGAGACGGAGAUCACACCAGAGGACGGGGAUGAUUGAUCGCAGGAGUAACCACAUCUUCACAAAAGAAGUCAUGCAUACACAUCAUUAGGAAUGAUUUUGGAGUCUUAAUGGAGUCAUACACUUGACUUCAUUUGUCAUGAAUCCAUCCAUUAAUGAUCUUUCACAUCAAGCGUAUUGGAGCACGUUGUAUGAUGACCCUCUCACUAAAUGAGAACAUUUGCAAAAUCUUUUCAUUCCAUCAUAUCCAAACGGCAAAUGAAUAUUGCAUGACUAGAAAAAAAAAUCUUUUAUCACACAAAGAAUUAAAAAAACACACAUUUUCACACUCAUAGAGUAAGGCAUUCACACCACUUAAGUUAUCUCUUAGCAGCACGUUCAUGCAGCAAAAGGGUACAUUGGGAUAUUAAUAUUUUAAAUGAAACAUGCAAUUCUGCCUUUGACAGUUUAAUAAAACUAUAGCUGAGCAAGGUAGUAGGAUAAAUGAUGUGGCAGUAAUUCGUUUUAAUUGUACCUGGGAUCAUUUAUAAACAAGCAACUUUCACCCCAGAAAACUGGUGACAAUGUUAAUUGUAUCAAGGGAUUAUGUCAUACCUUACAGUAGAUGUGCCAAUAACAGUGUAAACCCAUAUCUAUUCUCAUAGUACGGAACUUGAAGCUUGUAACUGGAAAUCUUGAUAUACAAUGGUAAUGCCUGUGAAAACAUGAAUAACCUUCAACAGUUUAGAACAAGUUGUUUUGCUGCAUCUUGUGCUUUGUCAGCAUAAUUUGAUGUCUCCUAACAGAUUUUUUUAAAGGAAUAUAUAUAAAUAUAUAUUUGAAUGAUUUGGUUUUGUUAGAUAAGCAUAUUCUUUUAUAUUAGAACCAAAAAGCCAGGUAGGGAGACCUCCAUUGAUUAUAGUAUUUGACUUCCCAUGGUGGAAACAUCAGAGUUCCUUUUAAAACUGACUUAGUUUGCUCAGUUUUCUAAUGCUAGUGAUUGUGUCUGUUCUAGAAAGUUUUUUUCUGUUUAUUACCUGCGACCUCUCAUUUUAACUUUGAUGCCAUUGAUUCUUUAUAAGCACUCUGCAUAGACUUCAGAUUCAGAGCAAAGCCUUAAAUUAAACAUAAAAUAAUAGCAAGCCCUCAUUGAAAGCUUUCAAAGCAUAAAGCAUUUAUAAUUUACAGAAAACCACACAUUGCUCACUGUAGGGUACAACAUUUUAAUCAGAUUUUCUGUCGCAAUGUAAUAAAUUUUGAAUGUAUGUUUCUUCAUGGUGAAAUAAAAGUGGUAAAAGGCAUAAA